AAUGACGAAGACGUCAUAAAACGGUUCAUCUUGGACAACACGGAGGUCGACCGAAGUCACCUGACCCCGGAGAUUGCGCUGCGCCUGAUGACACCCGCCUGUCCACUGUGGGAUGCCCCGGCCCAGCAGAGCUCUGAUAUCCUACAGCAUCAUGGGAUUGACGAUCCAUUCUGGGCAUUCUAUUGGCCUGGAGGUCAGGCACUUACAAGGUACAUUCUUGACUACCCAAGUGUCGUCUCUGGUAAGGAUGUCCUAGAUGUCGGAAGUGGGUGUGGGGCGAGUGCCCAUCGCAGCAUCUAUGGCGGGGCCAGAUCAGUUCUUGCCAAUGACAUUGACAGAGUUUCAAUACAGACCAUCAAACUCAAUGCUGAGCUGAAUGAUGUCACCGUGGCAACCACUUCCAGGAAUCUGAUUGGCCAGUCAAACAACCAAUGGGAUGUCGUGCUCCUUGGUGACAUGUUCUAUGACAAGGACUUCACAGACAUAGUCACUGAUUGGCUGAAGCAUCUGGCUGAUGUUGGUACAACGGUUCUGAUUGGUGAUCCAGGGCGGAUAUUCUUGCAAGACCAUCCAGUCAAACGCCGACUUGUGAACAUUAAGGUUGAUUUGUCAGAGAAGUGUCGGCAGGAGAACAACGGAAUGACGCAGGGUUUUGUUUGGAAGUUUGUGCGAGUCGGAGAGGUGACAUGA